UCGAGACAAGGAAAGAAUGGCAAUCGUCAUGACCAUGGUUCAGUUCUUGUUACUGCAUGCAGGUGAACACAUGUUGGGAUUACGGUAUCCAAAAUGGUUUCAGGUAUAGAGUCAAUGGAAAGAGGAUGGAUUUUGUGGUUGGGGCAUUUCUUUUUCUCUAAUAUUUAACUAUUAUGGGGGGAACGUAGCAAAUGUUUAUUGAUCCAGCGUCAACACACCUUCAUACCGCCCGCAUGGGCCAGCAAUUUCUGGAAUUCUUGGAAUCUCUGGUGAGCAGCGAUAUACCCGCCGUGUUACAGAUGCAUGGCAAAGUAUUACAAGGCGAUAGGCAUUUACCUGUUCAAAAGUUCAUAUCUGCAGUGAAAACCAGAUUGAUGGAGCUUGGGCUGGAUCAAUCUUUACGAACGCAUCCAACAUCAAUAUACCAGCCGGUUCAAAUCACACAACAACAACAACAACAACAGGACCGCUAUCAUCAUCAUCAAGCAGGUACUAAUAAUCACCACCUCGGCAUUGGAGGUAGUAGUAGUAGCGGUAUUAGUAAAAAUGCUGCUGCAAGCGGUAAUGGGAAUAGCCAUUAUGGUGCGGGCAACAUGGCAACACAAGAAAAGACGGUGGAAACAAUCUUGACGUCAUUCCAAAAAUCCGGAUUGAUACCGAAAAGUUUACUGGAAGAUGCCAUCUUUCGUCCACUGUGGUUCAAAAAGACCUUUUUACCAGCGCUGCUACAGUGGCAAGGCAACAGUGAUUUGCUUUUGGCACGGGAUCAAUUGAUGGCGGCUUUAAAAGAGCGCAAAAAGAUUUCAGAUCAAGUAUAUAAUGACUAUCUCAAACAACAACAACAACAACAAAUUAAAUAAAAAGGGUGGUUUCCCAUCUAUAUAGAACAUGACAG